AUGGGUAAAGGCGGUCGCAUUGUCUGCAUCUUCACUCCAUAUGUCCUCACCAUCGCCUCCUUAAUAUGCAUCAUCAUGGUGGGCCUGGGCUGCACAAAAUCCAGCUCCAGCACGCUAAAUGAUCUCUACUUCUUCAGAGCCAACCUCAAGAACAUUACCUCCGAAGCCUCUUCCACCGCAUCAACAGUAUCCUCCGUCGUGAGUGACCUGACCGGUGUUUCGGAUGGCGAUCUCUCCGCUGCGCUCGAGGAAAUCGAGAAACAAUACAACAUCGAGGACUUCUAUGCCAUCGGUCUUUGGGGCUACUGUGAAGGAAACAUCACCUCCAACAACAGCUAUCAAACCAGCAACUGCUCCAAGCCCGAGGCCGAGUUCUGGUUCAACCCUAUGGAGAUCUGGAACUUGGAAGAGACCGGUCUGGAGAAUGCCCUUCCCAGCAACGUCAAGAGCGCCCUGAACACCUACAAGGCCGUUUCCAAGUGGAUGUUCAUCGCCUACGUCAUCGCCUUCGCUCUCACCAUCGUCGAGCUGGUCGUCGGUGUCUUUGCUAUCUGCAGUCGCUGGGGUAGCUGCGUGACCAGCUUGGUGUCUGCUGUUGCUUUCCUCUUCACCGCUGCCGCUUCCGUCACUUCCACCGCCAUGUUCGCCGUCCUCAAGGGCGUCUUCAAGUCCGAUCUCGAGCAAUACGGCAUCAAGGGUCAAAUGGGCAAGAACAUCUACGUCGCCACCUGGCUCGCAGUCGCCUUCUCCCUCGGAGCCACUCUCUUCUGGAUCAUCAGCUCCUGCUGCUGCUCCGGUCGCUCCCCUUACAACCACCGCAACCGCAAUCGCGCUGUCAUGGCCGAAAAGACUCCCUACACCUACGAGGCUCUGGGCCCUCACGGCCAGACCCAGCCGAUCCCUUACACCAACACCUCUUACCCUCCCCCGCCUCCGAUCCACAACAACCAGACCACGGGUCGCACGAACGCCUAUGAACCCUUCCGUCAUGCUUAA